AUGGCCGCAGACUCCACUGAAUCCAGCGACUUUGCUGUCAUACCCUUUGGAUCCGAGUACUUGCAUUUUUUUGCGGUGAAGACGCUGAUCGACGGCUUGCUGAGCGAGCCUUACUCCACGUUCACCUACCGGUACUUUCUACGCCAAUGGAGCGAACUGUGUUUCCUAGCGGUUCGGAAACUUCCGCAUGCUGCAUCGUGUACACCGCUCCGAUCUGAGGAUUUGUUCGGUUGCAUCAUUGGCAAGGCAGAGGUGCACAGAGACUCGCUCCGCGGAUAUAUUGCAAUGAUUGCCGUCGACAUGACGCAUCGUCGACGCGGUCUAGGCACAUUACUCGUACAGCGAACGCUGCAAGCCAUGCAAGAGCGAGGAUGUGAUGAGGUAGUCCUCGAAACUGAAGUAACGAAUCACUCCGCGCUACGAAUGUAUGAGAAGCUAGGCUUCUUGCGCGACAAGCGUCUCGAACGGUACUACUUGAACGGAUCGGAUGCGUUUCGACUGCGCCGCCGCCUGGUGCCGCUGCCGAUGCCCAACAUCGACUCACCAGCACCCCAGCUGCCAUUGAAUCAGAAAACGUCGGAACCCGAGAGAAUCACCGAAAGCUACUCUGAUUGA